AUGAAAAUAAUCAUUUUCUCAUUGCUGAUUAUCUCAGCAAUCUUUGCAGCAAGGGAGGCUGACUUGAUGGCCGGCCCCCUUCCAGGAUGCUCGAAUGACAACUUCAACCAAUAUAGUGGAUACCUUGAUGUUACUAGCUCUAAGAAGUUCCAUUAUGUAUUUGUCGAAAGUCAAAAUGACCCUGCUAACGAUCCUCUUCUGUUCUGGUUCAACGGUGGUCCAGGAUGCUCAAGCAUGAUCGGGUUCAUUUCCGAGAAUGGACCCUGUGUGUUUUUGGAUGAUGCUGACCACACUCCUCAAGACAACCCUCACUCAUGGAACAAAUUUGCUAAUAUUGUCUAUCUUGAAUCCCCUGCUUCUGUUGGAUUCAAUCACUUUACUGGGAUCCCGACCUACAACGACGAGAAGGUGUCUCAUGAAAACUUGAAGGCUGUUCAGGAAUGGUUCCAGGCAUUCCCAGAGUACAAGGAGCACGAACUCUAUCUCUCUGGUGAAUCCUAUGCUGGAAUUUACGUGCCUUAUUUAGCCCUCAGAAUAGAUGAGUACAACCAAGAGUCUAAUGAUCACAUCAACCUCAAGGGAUUCUUCAUCGGAAAUGGAGUAACAAACUGGAAGUACGACACUACUCCAGCUUUUGUUGAACUCGCUUUCGCCCACGGUUUGAUCAACCUGGAUCUUCAGGAGAGGAUCAACAAGGCAAACUGUGACUUCACUGAAGUCGGUGGAUCCACUUCUCUAAAAUGCAGGUACCUGCUUUCAGAGUUCUAUGAGCAGACUAAACACGUCUAUCCUUAUGAUAUCUACAGACCACCAGAGGAAAUUUACACCUCUCCAAAUCCUGGAAAUCUCUUGAAGAGCCUAUUGUUCUCCGAUGAUGAUGAGAGUGAGUGUAGGUACGGAGGAUUUGCCGGAGCUGUCAGAAACAUGCCAAAGCGUUCUUCGAAUGAGUUCCUCCCUGUCAAGAGGUACCUCAACAAAGAGGAAGUGAAAGCAGCCUUGAACAUUCCAUCUCAAUACUCUUGGAGCGAGUGCAAGGGAAUCGGAUAUACCAAAUCUAAGGAAGCAUCACAGUGGAUCUACCCCAAACUCAAGGGAAGAUACAGAAUGAUGCACUAUAGUGGAACCACCGAUGCUGUCGUACCAACUAUUGGAACUGAGAGGUGGAUGAAUGACCUCGGAUGGCCAACAGUUACUGAUAGAAAGCCAUGGUUCUCCGAACCACUCCUUAUUGGAGGAUACACUGAAUCUAGAGAAGGCAACCUGGACUUCAUCACCAUCCAUGGAACUGGCCACAUGGUGCCUCAAUGGAAGAGACCAGAAUCUGCCAUUGCCAUCAGUCACUGGUUGGCAGAGGAUGAUCUUCCCAGAGAAUAAUUCUUAAAAGCCAAUCAGAAAAACAAUUUAGUUUC